AGGUGGCGCCAUUGUUGGUUUAUCUUCAGGACUAUUAUGGACGGCGCAAUCAUGCUAUGUGACGAUGAUCGCAUUAGACUAUCACAAAAUAACUGGAGAAUCGUUAGAAGCUAUACUUAGUCGAUUGUUUGGAAUAUUUUUCAUGGCUUUUCAAAGCACACAAGUUUGGGGCAAUCUAAUAUCGUCAGCAGUGUUCCAGCUAGGCGGCGCAUCGACGGAACAGGCUAACAACACUUUUUGUGGUGCUCAAUAUUGCCCCUCAGAUCAGACGAUCAGUAACGGAAAUGAGACUUCAGAAGCAGCCAUUAGACCGGAUCGCCAUUUAGAAAUUACUCUAAUUAGCAUAUAUUUAGGGAUUACAUUUAUUGGUUUACUUCUGACAGUUUUUGUUCUUAAACCAAUCAAAUCUUCCAUGAGUGACAAAUAUUUUACUUUAAAGGAACGAUUAGCUGCUAAUUUGAAAUUACUUUUUACCGAUCUAAAUAUGGCCAUGAUAAUUCCGUUCGCACUUUAUACCGGCAUGGAGCAGGUUAUGAUGUUUGCUCAGUUUACAACAUCAUUCGUUGCCUGUAAACUUGGUAUAGAAUGGAUUGGUUAUACAAUGAUUUGCUUUGGCGUUUGUGAUACCGUUGGAUCUCUACUAGUUGGAAUAAUAGCUAAAUAUACCGGAAGACUAGUAUUGUUCUUUAUCAGCGCUUCCCUUAAUUUAGGUGUCCUGGUUUUUCUACGGGUAUGGUCGUUAAGUGGCCAGGUUCCAUUUGAACUUUUCUUUGUUAUACCAGCCGUGUGGGGGCUAGCAGAUGCAGUAUGGCAAGCUCAGAGCGAUGCUUUGUUAGGAUCAGUAUUUCACCAGAAUCCAGAAAUAGCAUUUUCUAAUUAUCUGAUGUUCCAAGCUAUGGGACUAGCAAUAGCGUACAUGUAUAACAUAUACCUCUGUGAAGAAAUGAAAUUAUACAUUCUUGGAGUAACUGUCAUUAUUUCCUUGAUAUUUCUAUGUAUUAUUGAAUUCAGAGUUCGAAGGAGGAAACGAGAGGAGAAAUGAUAAGUGUAUGAAUCUGUAGUGUAAUGGCAUCCAUUUUGUUGACGCGCUUUGUUGUUGUGACAAUGAAAAUAAGAAAUACAUGUAGAAAAUAAAUAAUAAAAAAAAAGAAAUAAUAUUUUUAGUACCGGGUCGCAUCAGACAAGGUCUUAUACUAUAUAGUCACACACAUUUGUAAAUAUAAGCUUGUUUCGUGUGAAGUAAAGGCUUUCUUAACGUCUAACGUUAUAUUGGGGUGCAUCUAUUAUGUGAGCGUAUCCGUAAGUGAGACCGGAAAAAAAAUUAUGAUAGUAGGUCAUGAAAAUGACAGUGAAGUGUUCAAUCAAGUUAAUAGUGAAGUAUUGAAUUGAUAUUUUAAUGACGCAACAAAAGUGAUUUAAAUUAAUUGACUGUUGUUCUGUCUUUAUUAUUCAAUUGUUUUUGCAUCAGAUAAAAAUAUUAUUUUAACUUU